GUACAUAUGUCUAAAUAAUCAAAAUGUCACAUACAAGUAAAGAAGCUCAGGGUGCAGCAGCUGCUCUGGAAGAAGAGACAGAGUUAGAGCAGACAGAUGAAUCAAAUAUUGGGCAAAAUAUAGCACCACCUGAAGAGCCUCGUAGAAGUGAAAGAACCUGGACAUUAACAGAAAAAGGAAAGGAGUUUCAGAAAGAGCAAAUCAAAGGGCUAUUGCUUCACUUUCACAGCAAAUAUGAACGAUGGAAAGCUCUGAUUAAGGUAGCUAAAAGAUCUGUGUUAAAACAGGAUCCUAGUGACAUCCUACAAGAACACAUCACCAGUAUUCAAAGGGAAUUAUCUGAGUUGAACAUUGCUUAUGAUGAUUACCAAAGAAUUGAUCAACCAGCCCAUGACAUGCGUCGCAAGAUGGAUAACUGCAUCUCGAUCACUAAGACUGUAGUACAAAAUGUUCAAUCUGAAAUGCAGGGAACAGCUGAGGAGUUGAUUUGGUCAGAUCAUAGUUCUGUAUUCUCAUCCUCAGCUUCCAGUGUUUCACUUCCUGCCUCUAAUGGUUCUAAAGCUUCUUCUAUUCACUCAAAUGUAUCUUCACUUAGAAGACAAGAAGCUGCUGCCGAGUAUGCAGCUACACAGGCUGUACUGCAGAUUAUGGCUGAACAAGAGGGCCACCAAGAGAAACUGCAAAACCUUGAAGCUGAAGAGAGGUUGAUCAUUGCAGACCAAGAAGCAGCCGCAUUAGCUCGUCGUCUUGAAGGAGAAAGAGAAGAAACUGAACGUAGGCUAGAAAGAGAGAAAGAAGAGGCUGCUCUCUUAAAGAAACAGCAAGAAGAGAAUUCUGCAAGAAGAAGGUCUGUAGAAAACCUAAAGAGAGAACUUGAGCGUUUGGAGAAUUUGAAAAGGCUGAAUGCAGCCAAAGCAAGGCUUCAAGUGUAUGAUGAGAAUGAGCUCAGUCCAGCCCAAGGGAAUGCUCCACAGAGCCUGGAUCUACAUAAGGUUAUGCAGCCACUCAAUCAGGUGAAGCCUGAGGACCAGCACUCACAACCACCAAAGGAUGCAGUGCCAACACAUGUGCUUCAAGAUAGCACAGGAGAGCUUGUGAAGGUCUUAGCUGAGGCUAUAUCAGCAAAUAGGCUACCCAUUCCAGAGCCCACAGUUUUUAGUGGUGAUCCACUCAAGUUUAAUCAUUGGAAGUCAUCCUUCCAAACUCUUAUUGAAAAGAAAAACAUUCCAAGCUCAGAGAAAAUAUUCUUCCUCCAGAAAUAUGUUGGAGGAGCAGCUAGAGAGGCAUUAGAAGGUUAUUUUCUGAUUGGUUCAGAUACUGCAUAUGUUGCUGCAUGGGAACUCCUCAAUGAGCGAUACGGCCAGCCUUUUAUGAUUGCCAAAGCCUGCCGAGACAAAUUACAUGCCUGGCCAAAAAUAGCGUCAAGAGAGAGCGCUGACUUAAAGAAAUUUGUGGACUUACGCAGUUGUGAAUGUGCCAUGGCUCACAAUGAGAGUCUGCAUAUUCUUGAUGAUGGCAUUGAAAACUGACAGCCAAGUUGCCUGAUUGGUUAAGCAGCAGAUCGAACUGAAAAGCCACACAGUAUCAGCUAGAGCAUGGAAGGUUCCCAGAUUUCAAGUAUUUUGUAACCUUCCUCACAUUGGAGGCUAGUAUUGCUUGCAACCCUGUUACAUCUUACUAUGCUUUGCGGCAAGGGGAGCCGGAAAACACAAGAUCUAAACCUCAGAAUGUAGUGACCUCUAAGAACCAAGCAGCAAGUGCAAGGAUUUUUACAACUAACACCACUGAGAAGAACAUAAGCACAUGUAUGUUUUGUAAGAAAACAGGACAUGUCUUGCACAAGUGCCGUAGACUAACUGCAAGGCCAGUCGCUGACCGAGUGAAGUUCAUUCAAGGUGAGAAACUGUGCUUCGGCUGUUUGAGUCCUGGCCAUCAAUCCAAGAAUUGCGGCAACCGGAUGGUCCGCAACACCUGCUCAAAGCACCACCCCACAUGCUUACAUGAGGAUCCCUCAAAACAACAAGAAAAUGAUGAGACAAGUUGCAGUAAGGAAAGAAAGCCACAAUCACCGCAAGACACCACUCAAGAAACCACAUCCAAUAGAGUUGUGCAUGAUGGUAACAGUGCUCAGACUUCAGCAAUAGUUCCUGUUUAUGCAUCAAUGCCAAGUGAUUCAAACAAAGAAGUCCUUGUCUAUGCUCUGUUAGAUUCACAAAGUGACUCUUCAUUCAUUCUUGAAGAAGUGGCAGAUGCUCUUGAUGUUAAUGCAGAGCCAGUCAAGUUGAAGCUGUCCACAAUGUCGUCCAAGGAGACAAUUGUACCAUGCAAAAGACUCAAAGGCCUACAAGUAAGAGGGUUAUCUUCUUCUAAGAAGAUCACAGUGCCAACGGUCUACACUCGUGAAUUCAUACCUGCCAAUCGUACACACAUUCCAACGCCAGAGACUGCAAGGGCAUGGCCUCAUUUAGAGCAUCUUGCGGAACACAUUGCCCCGCCGAAGAAAUGUGAAAUCGGUCUUCUUAUUGGGUAUAACUGUGUAUAGCAAGUGACCCCUGAACCCAAAGUAACAAGUAAGUUGAAGAGCAAAGUUCAUUAUGUUUGCAAAACAAGAACUAAGGAGAUGACUGCUCCAGAAGACGUACUUAAGGUGCUGGAAUCUGACUUCAGUGAAAGGCUUGGAGAAGAGGCAAAUCUCUCGCAAGAAGAUCUCCGGUUUUUGACAAAAAUGAAAGAAGAAAUUAAGCACAAAGGAGACGGAAAUCUUGAUAUGCCUCUGCCUUUUAAACAGAGCAGGCCAGAGCUACCAAAUAACAAGCCAUGUGCUGUUCAAUGCCUCAUGUGCUUGGAAAAGAAGCUCAAGAGAGACCAGAAAUAUCGGACAGAUUACAUGAACUUCAUGAAAGACAUUAUCAGUCGUGGUGAAGCAGAAAAGGUCCCAGAAGAAGAGGUUGAUAAACAAUCAACUUGGUAUAUUCCCCACCAUGGCGUAUACCACCCUCAAAAGCCAGAGAAACUGCGAGUGGUCUUUGAUUGCUCGGCAAGAUUUCAAGACAUGUCAUUGAAUGACCACCUUCUUACAGGGCCAGAGCUCACAAACACCUUGGUGGGAGUUCUUUGUAGAUUUAGGGCCCAGUCGCUAUUAUGUGUGAUGUGGAACGAAUGUUUCAUCAAUUCCAUGUAAAGCCAGAAGACCAAGAUUACUUGAGGUACUUAUGGUGGGAGAAUGGUAAUCUCGAGUCUCCGCCAUCAGUUUUUCAGAUGAAAGUCCAUUUGUUUGGAGCAGCUUCCUCAUCUGGCUGUGCCAAUUUUGGACUUAAACACCUAACCACAGAAGGUCAGGAUCGAUUUAACCAAAGCACUGUCAAGUUCAUCUGAAGAAAUUUUUAUGUUGAUGAUGGACUGGUGAGUGUAAGGUCUGAUGCUGAGGCAAUCGAGCUGAUCAAGGAAGCGAGAGAGCUCUGCAGUGCAGGCAAGCUUAUACUACACAAGUUCAUUUCCAACAGCAAGAAGGUAUUGGAGUCAAUACCAAAGGAAGAGUGUGCUGACAGUGUCAAAGAGCUGGACAGAGAUUUAGGGGAGCCACUCCUAGAAAGAGCACUGGGCGUGCAAUGGUGCGUAUCCUCUGAUGACUUUCAGUUCAGAGUAACUGUCAAGACACACCCAAUGACAAGAAGAGGAGUGCUAUCCACAGUAGCUUCCAUCUACGAUCCUUUGGAAAGAAUAAAGAAAGAGAAGGAAACGAAAAAAGAGAAGAAAAAACGGAAGGAGGAAAUAGUUCUACUUGUUGAAGCAGAAUAAGCAUGUGUUAAACUGUUGUAAAUGCUUAUAACUCAAGUCUGUGAAGAAAUCUCAAGCCAGCGAGUGACAGUUUGACGGUGUAUUUUAUGGUGUUUUGGAGGAGAAGUGUGACGGAAGAAUAAAUCCAUCAGUGAAUGAAGAACCGUGGUGUCGUGUAUCAACUGGAGGGAGUGAUAGUCAAACUCGGACCUGCCCAGACCCGCCCUACCAGCGCAAAUUCAACAGCUCAUCAAGAUGGGAACACAGAUGAGCCACUGUUUAGGACACACAGUUUCUUAAGUUUAUAACGCCGUCUCUUCACGAGAUCUCAUUAGACCGGCGGUCAUGAAUGCAGCACCGCGGAAAGUCGGUGAUAGGAAAUCACGUGAUGUUGUGGAAGCACGGACGCUUACCUGACAGGCUCCCAGUACGCUUUGAGAAGUCAUGUGAUAUAGUUUGUGUUUUUCUUUGUCCUGAGACCCAGCGUGAGAUGACCAAAACUUAAUUUUGAAGUACAGAGAAUGGAAACCAGGAGAAAAGCAAACAUUAAAAUCUAUAUUUAAUGAAGAACAUUACAAAGAGAAAUGUCACAGUUUCAUUUGAUUUUCUUAAAAUGCUUAUGUUUAAUUUUCAAACAACAUUAAAAGUGUCUGGACCCCAUUUGGCAGCAUCAGUUUUAUGUUCACAGUCAAACAAGUCAAAAAGUCGGACACAGAAAAUCCGGCUGGUUCAUUUGCAGAUCUUCUGACCUGCAGCACCAAAUAAUAAGCUGGUCUCCAAACACGAGGAGAACCUGCGAGUCAUCGACGCUCAGA